GGCACAGUCAUUUGCUGAGCGCUUACGAUUGGGAAUUGCUGUGAUUCAUGGAGAAGCUCAAGAUGCUGAGUCUGACAUGGUGGAUGGUCGACACUCACCACCUACAGCCAAAAAUGUAGCUGCUAUUCAUCCCAGUUUGGAGAUUCCCAUGCUGAUCCCCAAGGAAAAACCACCCAUCACAGUCGUCGGAGAUGUCGGAGGAAGAAUAGCUAUCAUCGUGGAUGACAUCAUAGAUGACGUUGACAGCUUUCUCGCUGCAGCAGAGACCCUCAAGGAAAGAGGGGCUUACAAGAUCUUCGUCAUGGCCACACAUGGCCUGUUAUCUUCAGAUGCUCCCAGGCUGAUCGAGGAGUCUGCCAUCGAUGAAGUGGUUGUUACAAACACAAUUCCACAUGAAAUACAAAAACUCCAGUGCCCUAAAAUCAAGACUGUGGAUAUCAGCAUGAUCCUCUCGGAAGCCAUUCGCAGGAUCCAUAAUGGGGAGUCCAUGUCGUACCUUUUCAGAAAUAUAGGACUGGAUGAUUAAUGCUUUUUAUUCUAAAGAAACACCCUGGGCCAAACUGGAAGCCAACAGAUAAUGAGCUGUGAAGCAUUGUGCUUACCUUAAUAUUUCUAUUGAGCCACUUCUUGUUUUAAGUAUCAAGGUAGAACAGUUUUUAAGAGCUAUUUUUUUUUCUUUGCAG